UGGAUGAUAUAAAGAAUGAGUGCAUGAAAACUUGGUCACUCUUACGCAGCGGGAGGUUUUCCUGUCCCUACGAUAACGAGCCCAUCAGAGGCCCCGACGGCAAAACUGACCUCAACAAAUGCCUGAUGUGCAAGCGGCUCCUGGAAAGAUACCUGAAAAACAAAGGGAGUGGUGAAGUCAACAGAAACAUGAAUUCUACAAGAGAGGAUGAAUGCCGAGAAUUUCGGGAUCUGUUCAAGAACGGGAAGCUUUCCUGCACAAGAGAAAACGACCCUGUCCGGGAUUCUUCUGGGAAGCAGCACAGCAAUAAGUGCAUCAUGUGUGCAGAGAAGUUCAAAAAGGAGAAUGAGCAGAAGUCAUCUAAAAACAGACAAGGAAAAAAUAAGGAUGACUGCAGUGAGUAUCGCUCCAGGUUCGAGGCCGGUGGAAAGCUGUCCUGCACGAGGGAGAAUGCCCCUGUUCGGGAUUCUUCGGGCAAGCAGCACAUCAACAAAUGUCUCAUGUGCGCUGACAAGUUCAAAAAGGAAGCCCAAAGAGGAGGCCAGUCAGGGGGAAAUGCCCAGCAGAGCCGUGAGCUCACUUCAGAGAGGAAAACUGAGAAGAGCUGCAGUGAAUCGGAGUGGCAGCAGACAGUGAACAAGCAGCGUCCGUCCUCUGCAAGCAAAGGCCUGCAGAGAGACCCGGCUCAGCGCGGUGGGAGAUGUGACACUGGACUGGAGCGCAAAGGACAGAGCCGAGACACGGACACCUACCAGCCGCUGGACUGUGAUCGAAUUCUGCACGGGGUAAAGGGUGGAAGGAUUUUCUGCAGCAAAUCCUCACAACCCGUCUGUGGCACUGAUGGGAAAACAUACAAAAAUGAAUGUGACUUGUGUUCAGCUGCCAUGAGAGCUACAAACUACAUCACAGUAAGCUACCAAGCAGUAACGGAGCUCCUACAGUCAGCAAGUCUCAGGAAUCAGCUGUGACCAAAGGGCAAAUACCAGAAGAACUGACACUAAGCAUCAAAGGAACGGACACGUCCUCGGUGUUGUCAAAGCUGCCUUCAUCCCCCUGCCCUGCAUGAAGGACAGCCCCAUCCUUGCUCAGGUGGAGGGCGAGGGGCUCAGGGGACCCAGCCACUCUUUCCCCAGGUCUAGUUCCCAUGUGCCUGCCUGGGCUCGGCUCUGCUCAGGCUCUUUGCCGUGUCGCUGUGUUCUUAGCAUGCUUCUACAAUAAAGGUAACUCAGCAGAACCCUGUCACUGUUCUUGACUAAACCUCCCCAGGGGACCUGCAGCUCCCUGCUCCAGUUUUAAACCAAG